UGUAUAGGUAAAGGUGUUCCGACAUAACAACAAAAAGGUUGCAGUUUACAGUUUGUAGGCUAAGUAUUUUAUCAAACUCACUAAAGUACCAACACCAUGGCAAGUAACAGAUCUGUACGGCGUGACCAGGAACCCGUUACCUACACGUGUGCUUUGUGUGACAGUGAAGACGGGGUACGAUGGUAUUGCAACGACUGUCAGGAGAAUUUAUGUGACCGUUGUAAGGAAUUCCAUAAACGCGGACGGAAAACUAAAAACUAUGACGUCGUGUCGAUCGGGGAAGCUAACCGCCAGGGCGACAAGCCUGUACCAGAGGUGUGUAAACUACACCCCGGUAAACUGUGUGAUCUUUUCUGUUCGGACUGCAACCUGUUGCUUUGUUCGAUGUGUUUAUCUAAAACUCAUAAACACCACAACUGGAAACAUUUUGAAGACGAAUUUUCUAUUAAAAAGCAACAUCUCAAAGAAAAUAUGACAGCAAUUUCUGUUAAAAUAAAACAUUUCAAGAACGAGACGUCAGAGCGACAUCGUGUUAACGAAGGGUUCAAUGACAACAUUGAUACAAUGAGGAAAGAGGUGAACUCUCAAAGGACGAAGUUAAAGGCAGAAGUAGAUUUUAUCGCUGAUGCAAUACUCGCUGAAUUAUCGGCUUUAGAAAAAGAAGAAUCAACCACGCACAAGAAGGAUUGUCAACGAUCAGAGAAAAAAGUCGAAGAACUGACGCGUCUGCUUGAACAAGCGGAACUGACGAAUACAUCAAGCGUAUCCUUGUUUGAAACAGAAAGGUCAUUGAGGACAACUCUGCCGCUGUAUGACGUUAAUGUGAAAUAUGUCUCACCCAAACAACCAAGCUUUGUUACCGGAAGUAUCGACAGCGUCAUGUUGACGAAAAUGUUAGGUAAAUUACACCACGAGAAUCAGUACGAGAAGACAGACAUCGACAGUAAACACGUUCAACGUCUCUCUAAGUUUACUGUUACUUCACAAAAUGCAAUAUUCGGUAUAUGUCCAGUCGACGACAGUCACGCGUGGUUAUCAAUACAUCAAUUCAAGGGUCUGGUUCUGGUCAACAGGGAGGGUGUGGUCAUAGAGAAAGUAAAACUGGACUUCUGUCCGUGCAGAAUCGCCAUGGUCGGGACAACAGACAUACUUAUGAACAGUGAUCUUCUUAGUACAUUUGUAUAUAAAAUAUCACUACACAACAAACAAGUGACAACAUUUGCUGACAUCAGACCACAUAAAGCAUGGGACAUCAGCAUCAACGAGAAGGACGCGGUGUUUGUUAGUACAUUUACACCAGACAUAGUGGUACUGAAUCAGUCAGGUACGAUCGUGAGGAAGGUCACGAUUGGUUCUGAAAUUAUAACGUUCGUUGUCUGCUUGUCAUCUGGACGUCUGUGUGUAGUUCAAACAAUUGACGGGAGUUUGGAUAAUAGGAACAUAAAGAUAAUAAACGAGUCAGGUACCGUCAUACAGACAUGGACUGGUGAACUCGACAACGGUCAAAAGGUUGGUAGUAUGAACCUCUGUAAGAUGUCAUGUGAUAAGUUUGAUAGAGUUUUUGUACCAGACAUCAGUUACAAUCAGUUGUUCGUCCUACCGAGAGACGGCAAACAAGCUGUGUGUCUCCUGGACCGGAGACACGGAGUGGUGAAACCUGCAGCGGUGGGUGUGGACACUUGUGGAAACGUGUGGAUCGGGUGUAGAUACGGUACCGUGCACGUGAUGGGACUGUAACAUUAGGGAAAUAGUAAUAUACGGUUCACUUGACCCCAUGGAAAGAGAGAUAGAGACAAACACAAUAUCAAUGUUUAUGAGUGCUUUGUACAACAUGUAUCUUUAUGGUUUGUUUUUCGGAAAAUUUCGUUUUUGAAUGACAAAAACAUCUAAAUACAUUAUAUUAAUUGGCUUUAGAUUUGAAUACUCUCUUAGGCCAAAGAAACAAAUGCUUAUUUCCGGUUAAUUACCCUUAACUAAGAAAAAAACUUUUUCUUUUUCAAUUUUAAAAGAAGCACUUCUAAAGUAAAAGUCACUUUACUGAAUACUUUUCUUUGUAAAUGAAAAAAAUGUAUUUUGUUACCUAUCCUUAUUUUUUCAGACAUGUAACAGGAAACAGAUAUGUUUCUUUGCUUUUUUUGCUAUUCAUGUAUGAAUAUUUAACCAUUAUGACUAUCUAACAACUAUUUAUGAAAGUGUGUUACACAGAUUGAGAAUGAAAGAGAUCAGGUUUAGAGAGAGAAAGAGAGAGAGAGAGAGCAAUUCAGACCGACAGAGUCAGAUAAAGUGACAGAGAGGGAGACAAACACAAUAUCAAUAUUUAUGAGUGUUUUGUAUAAAAUGUAUCGUUAUAGUUUGUUACGCGAAAAAUGUCGUUAUUGAAUGACAUAAACAUCCAAAUACAUUAUAUUAAUUAGCUUUAGAUUUGAAUACUUUUCUUUGACCAAAGAAAAUAUGUUUUACCGUUACGCGACCGCGAGAUUUUUUUGAUGUGCAGGGAUCAAACUUGCCUUCUCGUCUCGUCCACAAGGGGCUGUAAACUGAACUUUUGAUUUUCCUAAGACAUAUUUCAGGGGUGCAGAGAGCGAAAGUGGGUGUAACCCCUGGAUAUCGAGGACUACCGUAUAC